AGUACUCACUCAAACUAGCUAAACCGUCUUCUUCCCCGCCAUGAAGCUCUUCACCUCUGCAAUUCAAUGGCUGCUCCCUCUUCUACUCCUCUUCGUCUCCUCGACAACCUGCGGCGGCCUGUCCAAAACAACGCCGCCGCCGCAGCACAAAAUUCCUAGGCUCACCCCACUCUACGAGUCCAUCCUACAACGCUCCUCUUCCAAACAUUCUCCUAAGACUAAUUCUCUUCCUUCCCACUUCAAAACCUUUUACUACACACAAACGUUGGAUCACUUCAAUUACGGACCUCAAAGCUACGCCACCUUCAAACAGAGAUACAUAGUGAGCUCCAAGUACUGGGGCGGCGCCAAAUCCAACUCCCCUAUCUUCGCCUGGCUCGGCGCUGAAUCCCCCAUCGACGAUGAUCCCAAAUUUGUCGGAUUUCUCACCGACAAUGCUCCCCGCUUUAAAGCUCUUCUUGUCUACAUAGAGCAUAGGUACUAUGGGAAGUCAAUUCCAUUUGGAACUAUGGAAGAAGCCAUGAAUAAUGAGACAACUCGUGGAUAUUUUAACUCGGCUCAAGCUCUAGCAGAUUACGCAGAGGUGCUCUUAUACUUGAAGAAGAAAUACUCAGCUCAACAUUCUCCCAUCAUUGUUUUCGGAGGGUCAUAUGGAGGAAUGCUUGCUUCAUGGUUUCGGUUGAAGUAUCCGCAUGUGGCUCUGGGUGCCUUAGCUUCCUCAGCUCCCAUUCUCUACUUUGACAAUAUCACACCAGAAAAUGGAUACUAUUCUCUAGUGACAAAAGACUUUAAAGAGGUUAGUGAGAAUUGUUAUCAAACUAUACGAAAAUCAUGGUCCGUCAUUGACAAAAUUGCUUCCAAGCCAAACGGUCUCUCCAUUCUCAGUAAAAAGUUCAAGAUUUGCAAGGGAUUAAAAUCGUCCGGUGAGCUAAAGGAUUACUUGGAUUCGACGUAUUGUACCGCCGCUCAAUAUGACCAGCCGCCGAAGUACCCGGUGACGGAGGUGUGCGGCGGCAUAGACGGCGCGCCAAAAGGGGCUGAUAUUCUUGACAGGAUACAUGCCGGCGUCGUCGGGCUUGAAGGAAACCAGACUUGCUACGAUCCUCAUGUUUACAAUCCCCCCACCAGUGAAACAAUGAUCGGAUGGAGAUGGCAAACUUGCAGUGAAAUGGCAAUGCCGAUAGGGCGUGGCGCUAGAGACACCAUGUUCUUUCCAGCUCCUUUCAGCAUGCAGCAAUUCUCCCAGGACUGCGAUGAUUACUAUGGAGUUCCUCCCCGACCACAUUGGAUCACAACCUAUUAUGGCGGACACGACAUUAAAUUAGUUCUGCACAAGUUCGGCAGCAACAUCAUUUUCUCCAACGGACUAAGAGACCCAUAUAGCAGCGCUGGGGUUUUGGAGGACAUAUCAGACAGUCUACUUGCUGUGUAUACCCGUAACGGUUCUCACUGUUUGGACUUAUACGGAGCAAGCAAAACGGAUCCGGACUGGUUAACUGAGCAACGGAAGAAGGAGGUUGACAUCAUGCAAAGUUGGAUAACAAAGUAUUACGUUGAACUUGAAGCCCUAAAAAGAUAGAAGACAACAUUAGUAACAUUAAGGAAGUAAUUAUAACUGUGAGCACUAUAGUAAUAGAUAUAAUGGCUUAUAAGUGUUGCCAUACACUCUUAGCAUCAUUGUAUCCACUUAGUUUGUGAUGGUUUCAUUGCAGCAAAUCAUGAUGUAAGCUUCCAACAAUCUCGUAUGAAUGGGGAAAAAGGAAUAAUAAUGUUUUUUUUUUACGUC